CCAUCCUUCCUUCACGUCCACCACGACCACCAGAGCCAGAGCACGAGCACUCCCUCUUCUCUCUCUCUCUCUCCUCUGAUGCCUGGCACCCGUCUGUGGUCUGUCCAGGUACCGCCGAGAUCCCUGUUUUGUCCCCCACCAUGAGACCUCCAGUUCCAGAUAUCGCGUUGCCUCGACCCCGUAAGGCCUCCAUCGAGCAGCAGUGGACCUCCGAUCCCCACAGUGCCGCCCCCGCGACCUUCUUCCUGUCCCGCAAUCACGGGCCCGACGCCGCUGCCGCUGCCGACGACGACGACGAGCUCUCCCCCGACGAGUCUGAAGCCUCCAGGGCUAACUUGUAUGGUGUACACAGUUUGGAGGAAACCGUCUUGGGGACCGAUUUGGUUGCAUCCGAGGCCCAGCCUGGCCCUCCAACGGCGCUCAGGAAGCCCGCGGGAGUCCAAUCCGCUCCCGGCGUGCUUCCGCCUCAUGUCCACGAUGGCGGCGAAGACGAUGAGGUUUCCGGCCCGAACCGUCGCAGGUCAACGCUGAAGCCGCUCGAGAACAUCCAUCUUAGCAGACCUGAUCCCUUUGUCUUGUCCUCCGGCCUGACCUCUCCCCGGCCCCUUACUCCCUUGAACCUCAGCAACCCUGACGAGCCGUCAUCUCUACCUAGCAGUCCUAAAUCGAUCUCGAACCAGUCCAUGCGCCACCUCGAUGAGAUCUCGAUCACGGAUGAGUUGAGUAGUCAAGCGGUCGCUUCCGGGGACGAGGACAACGAGUUUGGUUCCACGCAUAACUCGGACCACGAUAGCACAUCACAGUUCAUUAUGCCAAGCAUAAAGAUGCCCAGCCGGAGACCUUUUACAUCUCGUGGGAAGGCGCUGGGUCGGUUCAAGGUUCUUAUUGCAGGUGCUUCUGGCUCUGGAAAAUCUUCUCUUAUCAGGUCUAUUGUCCAGGUUUGCGAGGAUAUUGUGCAUGUUGAUGACUUCCCACCGACCUAUUCCCCAGCACUUUCACGGACGUCUCUCUCAAUGGCCCAGCUGUCGCAGGCCCAUAGACUACCGACGUCGGAGGUAUAUGCCAGUACCAAACCGUACCCGGCUUGGUGGUCGGACUUGGAGGAUUCCCGUGUACUACGCCGGAGGAAAAGCGUAGGUGAUGUGGUAUUGGAACGCAAUAUCUGCUUCGUUGACACGCUAGCCAAUCCCGUGGGUCGCAUCGGGCAAACAGAUGCCAUCAUAAGCUACAUGCGCCAACAACUCUCCCGCGCAACAACAGCUUUCGAUUCCUGCAACCAUGACUUCCAAAACAUGCUUGCAGGACAUGGUGGUACUCAGGUGGACGCUGUACUAUACCUCAUAUCUGAAGAUACUCUUCUCACAGACAUCGAGUGCAUAAAAAAGCUUUGCGGGUGGACCAAUGUUGUGCCUUUGGUUUCUAAGGCAGAUCUGUUGACUCCAGAGCAAAUAUCUAUGUUAAAAUCAUCGUUCCAUCUCCAUGCCCAGUCCAAUUCUGUCAAGUCCUUUCUCUUUGGGAAUGCCUGCCUUGGAGCAGACGAUUUCGAUGGACAAAUCCCUUUCGCGGUAUCAUCGGCAAAAGCCACUGAUGACGAUGUGAUGGAUGCUAGUACCCUGAUGAGUCCAGACUACGUCCAGCCGCUAGUCUCAUCCGAAUUGACCUUAUUGGUCCAGAGGAUGUUCGAUGGCGAAAACAUUGUCUGGAUGCGGCAUUCGGCUGCAAAGAAACUGGCUCAGCAGCAACGGGAGCAGCCAUAUCAACUCCAGCGUCAUCCACAGUCCGGUCCAUUAACGUUUCCUCACGGUGUACGGCGCGGUUCUCCCAGUUACACCAUGGCCCGGAUAGCAGAUCACACCCGUCAAGAGGAGAAAUUGGCGCGCGUGCAGUUAGCCAAGUGGGCUUCUGAGUUGCAGCAAAGCCUGCAUAAUGAACGAGAGAGAUACGCCGCGAUGGCAAGAGGCGAGCGAGCCGUCUGGCUCACCGAGCGACUGGGCGAGUGUGUAGUGGACGGAUCAUUGAUCCCAGUCACGCAGACGCCGGGCUUCUGCGGCCUCCGUGCACCCACAGAAAAAGCAAGCGGGAGCGGCCUUCUCGUUCGAACUCAAAACGGACAGGAUGUGGAAUACCACAUUGCCAGAAUCAGUUCGCAUGAUCCUCUUGGCCUCGUCUGGUGGUCAGAUGAUCUGAAGCGGCGGGGAUGGGCCAUCGUACAGAUCGUGGGCAGUUUCGGGGUUGUAGGGGGACUGGCGCUUUGGCUGGCCAAAGCCUGGGGUCUAUCCUCUCGCAGUUUCUUGGAGUGGCACUUUGAUUGGCGAGGUCCUAGCGAUUAGAGGGCCCAGCUGACGCCGGGCGUGUAUCAUCGUCUGGUGCCCGCGCCUGAUCCAGGACCAUCCUAUCCUAUCUUGCCUUCCUCCUACCUCUCUCCCCGGUACUCCCACCACCCCUCUCCCCCAACGAACCAAGUAACCAAAAGCCACCGCGAUGUUACAGGGCGACCUCUCUCCGUCAUCUUUCUCUACUGCCAAACAGGCGUCUGCCGGAAUGUUCAUGCACAUGUCCCUCUCCUCCGGGCACUAUAUGCCCUUCCCCCCCCUCUCUAAUUGUUCUUCACUCCUACUACACCAUCCCCCCCCCCCUCUUUUU